ACCCAGGCUGGAGUGCAGUGGCCCGAUUUUGGCUCACCGAAAUCUCCACCACCGGGGUUUAAGUUAAGAUUUUCAUGCCUCAGCCUCCCAAGUAGCUGGGACUAUAGGCAAAUGCCACCAUGCCUAGCUAAUUUUUUUGUAUUUUUAGUAGAGACGGGGUUUCGCCACGUUGGCCAAGCUGGUCUCAAGCUCCUGACCUCAGGUGAUCUACCUGCCUUAGCCUCCUAA